CCUCCUCUAUGCUGUGAGAUGGCCUCGGAGCUGGCCAUGAGCGCGGCCGACCUGCCCACCAGCCCGCUGGCCAUCGAGUACGUCAACGACUUCGACCUCAUGAAGUUCGAGGUGAAGAAGGAGCCCGCCGAGGCCGAGCGCUUCUGCCACCGCCUGCCGCCGGCGGGCUCGCUCUCCUCCACCCCCAUCAGCACCCCCUGCUCGUCGGUGCCUUCCUCGCCCAGCUUCUGCGCCCCCAGCCCCGGCGGCCAGCCCGUCCCGGGCCUGGCUCACCCUGCGGCCGGCAACCCGACGGGGGCGGCGGCGGGGGUGGCGGGGAAGGCGCAGCUGGUGGAGGACCUCUACUGGAUGUCGGGCUACCCGCAGCACCUCAACCCGGAGGCCCUCAACCUCACGCCGGAGGACGCCGUCGAGGCGCUCAUCGGCGCCCCGCACCACCAUCACCACCACCACCACCACCAGGGCGCCGCCUACGACGGCUUCCGAGGGGGCGGCGGCGGCGGGGGCGGCCAGCCCUUCCCUCCGGAGGAGCUGGCCCCGGCGGCCGCCCACCACCACCUGCACCACCACCACGCCGCCCACCACCACCACCACCACCACCCGCACCACCACCUGCGCCUCGAGGACCGCUUCUCCGACGACCAGCUCGUCUCCAUGUCGGUGCGGGAGCUCAACCGCCAGCUGCGCGGCUUCAGCAAGGAUGAGGUGAUCCGCCUCAAGCAGAAGCGCCGCACCCUCAAGAACCGCGGCUACGCCCAGUCCUGCCGCUACAAGCGCGUCCAGCAGCGGCACAUCCUCGAGAACGAGAAGUGCCAGCUCCAGGGCCAGGUGGAGCAGCUCAAACAAGAGGUGGCCCGCCUGGCCAAAGAGCGCGACCUCUACAAGGAAAAAUACGAGAAGCUGGCCGGCCGCACCUUCGCCGCCGCCUCCCGCGACCCUUCCCCGCCCCAGCAGCCCGCCCCGACGGCCAAGAGCGCCGCCGCCGCCGACUUCUUCAUGUGA